CAGCAGAACUCGGUCUAUGUCAUGGAGCUCCGAAGCUAGAGAGAGUGAAGGAGACGAAGAUCUUUUCCGAUCAAAAAGUGACAUUGCCGCCAGUCUCGUAAACUAAACGCUAUUUGCUACUUUUUAUAAUAAUCGAGCUGCUGCUUCUGAAAAUAUCUACCAAUACUUGAAAUCUCCGGGCUUCAAAUAGCGGGUCAUGCCGAUUCGCUCGAUACUCGCAGCACACAGCAGCCACUACCUGGACUUCUUAUGUGCAAGCAGGGUCGGAUACCGCAGUAAUUUCGUCUGCUAAACACGUCUCUCCCGAAAUGAUCCUCGGUCUCCUGCUGUCUUGCGCUAGUAGUACGGGCUUGGUCGUUUUGUUGUAUGGGGUCACUGGUGCUUUGGUGCUCCAGCUAUUUCUAUCUCGGCUCCUGCUAGUACGAAAAUAAAAGUGCAAGUGUUGUGUACACGGUGCUCCUAUGAGGCUGAGUACCGGUGCUGCUAAUCGUUGUAGCAAGCUGCUGUGCCCCGUGUCGUGUGCUGGAUACAGUACAUACGACAUCAGAUUCUAUUAGUAGCCAGCCUUACGUUGGCUAGCAGUGUUACAGAGUGCAUGUGAGUGCUACGUGUCGCCGAUCGGUAGAUUGUCAACAGUGGCUUUCGGUUCCGCUUGCUUCCACAGUUGCGAUUACGACAUUUCGUGUAUACGUAUAUCUGUUCUACGAAUAUUAGGAGUCCUGUUAUGCUCCGUUGUGUUGUCAGAGAUUGCUGGCUCAAGAAGCUGGCGAAGUCAGAUCGGAGUUAUGAUUUGACGCUACGGACCGUAGUGGAGGGCGGUACUUCAUAGAGUUCGUACAUCUUGUAGCAAUAACAGUAGUAUAACACUGGUGCGGGUAGCCCCUGCCUACUUGUCUGCAUGCCGAUUUUGAGUAAGUAAAAUGAAUUUAUCUAGAGCCUAGCUUGAGCAUACCUAAGCUUUGCUCCCGCCUGGCCGGGCUGUGCUCUAGCUACCAACAAGGCAUGCGUAAUUUGCUAGCCGAAUAGUUUUGGCUAACAUUUAUAUCGGGAGGACUCCAGUUGGAAAUAGUAGCUCUAGGAACUCUGGCCAAAUCUUGUCAUUGUCCAGCUCCAAAAUGAUGGCCCAAAACGAAAGCGAAACCAAAAUCUUCUUUUACGUUGACGAUGAGGAGACGCCUUAUCUUGUGAAAGUACCGGUACCGCUAGCUCAGGUGACACUACAGGAUUUCAAAGGCGCCUUACAACGCACCAACUUUAAGUUCUUUUUCAAGUCGCUCGACGCUGAUUUCGGCGUGGUGAAGGAGGAAAUCGUCGAGGAUUCAGCCGUCCUGCCAGCAUUCAAGGGUCGCGUCGUUUCGUGGCUUGUGUCAAGAGACGGAAGCAAUGCAUCCGACAGCGCCUCACAGGUGACAGCAUCGACUGGCGCGACGGACGCCAACGGAGCCGCAAUCGGAGAGGGUCGCUACUACAGACGUCAAAAAGAGCAUCACAGAUCAAAUCAGUUACCGCCUCACAAAGACAGAGCGUUAGACCAGAGGAAGUAUGACUAUGACUCAUCCUCGGUAAUGACUUCCGAUGUGGAAUCUUCAACGGUGCUCGACUCUGAUGACGAUUCGGAUCUCACCUCUCGGAUGAGUACAACGACCGACGAAAGCAGUGUUUCAAGACUCUAUCAUAGUCGACAGCAGCAACUCCGACGACGACGGAGGAAGAAGCUCACCCUGAUGAGUGGAGCGGCGAGCAGUACCAUGUCGAGUAUUACGGAUAGUAGUGUGUCUUUAAAUAUUAUCACAGUUACAUUGAAUUUAGAUUCCGUCAACUUUCUUGGUAUCAGUAUAGUCGGGCAGUCUAAUCGCGGAGGAGAUGGUGGAAUCUAUGUAGGGUCAAUCAUGAAAGGAGGUGCGGUAGCUGAAGAUGGUCGCAUCGAGCCGGGGGAUAUGAUCUUGCAGGUAAAUGACAUCAGCUUCGACCAAAUGUCCAAUGACCAUGCCGUCAAGGUACUUCGUGACGCCGUACAGAAGCCCGGCCCAAUUAAACUGGUGGUGGCUAAAUGUUGGGAACCUAACCCAAAAGGCUAUUUCACUAUACCACGAACGGAACAGGUCCGACCAAUCGAUCCUGGUGCUUGGGUUGCACACACGGAGGCCGCUUUAGGCUGUACCCCUCAGUUCCUCGGGCCUGGUCAGGGUGCCUGCGGAGAGUUACCUCCACCAUUGCGUCCACCAUCGGUAUCAACUAUUACCUCAUCAUCGCUAGGCACCGAGCACGACUCAAAUCCCCUACUUUCACUUAGUGUAGACGAUACGCCAAAUAGGCAUAUCACCGAGGCGAUGGCGUCUCCAGAUUCGGGUUUGGAUGUGCGAGACCGUAUGUGGCUUAAAAUUACGAUUCGAAACGCGUUUCUUGGCAGCGAUUGUGUCGACUGGCUGCUCCAUCACGUGACCGGUUUUCGUGAUAGGAAGGAUGCAAAAAAGAAGGCGACUAGAUUGCUCAAAGAGGGCCUUAUCAAGCAUACAGUGAACAAGAGUAGCUUUAGUGAACAGUGCUACUACGUCUUCAGUGAUGAUAUAGUUAAACGUAUUAACGAUAUGCGACUGGAUACUGGUGUUGGGGUUGAGUUAUCUGCGCCGACGGGCUGGACUAUUCCGACGGCGAUGCCGCCUUACACAGGCCAGUACACGCCACAGCCGUUCCUCACGCAUCCAGCUCCUCCACCCGCUCAUAACUUAACUCCUACGUACGCCCAACCGACGCUUCCCACGGCUUACGCCAACGAAGCCAGUUACGUUAAUUUCGGCAGAGAGGGAAGCGUGAACAGUAGUGCGGGAUCAGGGGGUAGUGGAGGUGCAACCAACGGUCAGUUACUACCCGCAUUGCCAAAGCCCGCCGUUGCAGUAGCUGUACCGCUGGCUGUGGGUGGCCGAUCCUCUUCGGCAAGUUCGACGAGCUCUUCCUCAUCGGAGCACGACUCUCAAUCGCUUCUGGCUGCCCCUACAUCAGCCAUAGCUCAGGCGAACGCAGCAUCGACAACAACUGCUGGUCAAUCGGUGCUCCGGCCAGGAGCUACGGGCGGAGUCCUUGUCACCGCUCCGCAGAAAAGCGCAAGCAAAAACGACCUGCUGGAAGAAGAAGACGAUGAGCUGGACGACGAAGAGGAUGAUAUCUAUGAAUAUACAGAUAAGGGCGUCGUAUAACGGUUGUCAUCCGCUCAUUGUUGGGAAAACUAUACGCCAUUCGUGUAUUGCCACUACUUUUUGCGAAUUCAGCGAAGCAUGAAUAAACGUUAGAGGGAAUGCAUCUGUUGAAUUUAAUGAGGAACCCAUUAGGCCAGAGACGAAGAUCACAGGAUAAACAAAAUCAAGUGUGUUAUCAAUUACACGCCCCUGCUAAGGGGAAGCGACAGUUUUGGGUGCUGUAGACUAGAUCAUGCCAUAAUCGCACAUGUUUCUAUGUUCUACUAAUGCUCCUUAAGCCACGACCAUUAAUAGACUCAACGCUGCUCCAGCGUAUGCUUCGUUUCAAAUUUUCCAAGGCUCUGGCAUACCUAUGUAUUAUACCUUGUUAUCUAUAGGCUUCAAGGAUUUAUGUUUAAAAUUAAAUGUUUGCAGCACGUCCUAAAGUGAACCUCUCGUUAAAGUGAUUGAUGUGUGUUUGUAUAAUACUACGCUUCUUCGUAGAACCUGUUCAGCUUUAGGAUCACAUCGGUUUUUAUCUAUACGAACCAGAGUAUAAAGCGUAUAACUAUGCUCGAAAAUUUGUCAAAAUCAACUGGUGCUACACAACUUGAUUGUAACUAAUAGGGUGAUUAAAAUGAGUGGAUGGCUCUGAGAUUUGCUUACAUGGAAAAGAAAGGAUUGUUUGAAUCAUUUUUUACUGUUCACUGUUUGCUCCAGAUUGGCGGUAUCACUAACCUAAAGUAUUAGUACAUUACCUGUCGAAGCUUUAGGUCAAGCUAACAAAAAAGCAGAUCCCUGUAGAAAGCUCAAAGAAAAAUUACUGGAACAAAGCAAGAACAAAGGAAAAUUUUGACACAUUUAGCUGGGCCAUAUUGGAUAGCUGGGUCGUUGUUUGCUGGUUUUUGAGGUCUACAUAGAGAAUAUGGUAUUUCGUUCCUUGGAGCAGAAACUUACGUCACUUAGAGUCUCAUUGUACCGUACCAUAUUUGGUUUGAACUAACUGAAAAAGACAAACUUAUUUGAAAAAGAAUAAACCUAAGGGGCCUACGCGAUGAACGAAUAUGCAGAAUUUCGAUAGAUGAAACAUUCUGCCUAUGCUGCAUACAUGAUGCAAUACGUGGCGAGGAAGCUUGAGAACAACAACGAUUGCGUAGAUUUACAGUAUAUAUAGAUGUACUAAUAAAUCAUAAUAAUAGGAAAAGUAUAAGUACACGAUAUAUAUAAUGAUGAUUACACGCAUAAGCAUUCUAGUGCAUAUAUAGCAAUAGAAAGGUAUCAAUGGUACAUAUAGAAAUGAAAAACUAUGGUAUAUAAUAUUAUUGGAAUGAUUAUAUUUAUAUUAUCAGUAUAAUAAUGCUAAUAAAAAGAAUGACUAAUAAGCCAAUGUACAGAAUCGAUGGAUGAGGAGAGGUAAAAAAACAAAUGAAAGGUAAAAAACGAAAAUGCAGGGCUAACCAGAGGUCAAUACAAUCACGAUAUGAUGGGCCAGCGUGUAGAUACUGUGUAAAAACUGGUGGCUUUAUUAAUUUGCACCGAAUAGCUUUGAACACAAAAGGUCCAUGCAAUCAAACGGAAGCACACGAAAAAAAAAUUUCUCGAAUUGAAUUGCUUGUGACGCCUUUUCAUUUGCAUGUGACAUGUGACUUUGAAACGGUCACUUGACAUAUGAAAAGUCGUUUGUGAAUUGAUGCAAACAUUGGUAACAGGUUCCAAAGAACACGAGCUCAUCUAGAUUAAUGAGGCUUUAACCACCUGAGAAGGAAACUACGGUGUAGCUUUGUAAUGAACAAUCAUUGAUGGGUCACUACAGCAGCAAUGUUAUUUAAGAAAGCGGGGAAUUCGACAGCACCGAUACGGUCGUAUUUGGCUUUGUUGUCAGCCAAAUUGCUUGUCGACUCAUAUAGAGAAAUGGUAAUAUAUUUAUUCUGGCUGGCCCUGUUAACCUAAUGAGAAAUUAACCAAUUUAUGACUUACAUAACUAGAUGUGGCCUACAGAAAUAAAAAUGGACUUCCACUAAUAUGUGUUCUGUUUAGUAACAGACGCAAUCUCAAAUACGGUUUGCGGGCUUUAUAGUUGUACUCUCUGAAGGCACUGCCUACUUAUCAGUGCCAUCAGGUACUUUCUGUAGGAUAGAACCAUCAUUGCAAAGAAUCCAUGUGUUUAUAAAAGCCGGCAGUAGAUUGUCGGGUAGUAAGUUUACGCUACAUUCAAACUAAGAGGGUGAAGGGGAAAUUGUCCAAUUAAGCAGGUUCUUUCUCAUGAUACGAAACACUAUACUUGUUUAUGUAAAAUAUUAGAAAAGCAAUGCUGAUGGCGAGUUUAAUUCAGUUCAGCAUGUCAAUUAUUAUUUAUGCUCGCAGCAAUUGAAAACACUGGAUUCCAAACAAACCGAUAGACACAAACAUACAUGCAGACAAAACUUAAAAUUUUGGCGGGGAUUUUUAAACACGGAAGCAUCGAACAGCGAACAGAGGUAUAAUCAAAGGAGGCGAAGUAAACAAAGUGAGAGAGAGACUGUGAAGAAUCAUAAACUAAAGGACAAAGAAUUUUUAAAUAAAAAUAUAAAGAGACAGAAAAAAAUAAGAAGAUUUACAUUUA